UCGAGUUCAAUGACACGCCGUUGUCUACGAUGAUGGUGCUCGCUAACGACGACGGGCGCAGGGGUGUGGUGUAAAAAAUCCGAGACAGGACGCGAGUCUACAGACCAGCUAUUUUUGUUUUUUCAUUGUUUUCGUUGAUCAUCGAACGUAAGGUAAGGUGUAUCGCAUGGGUGGCACGGGAGAAUCGAGAAGGACAAAGGAGAACCGAGGGGGCGUUUGUUGUUAAUUCGGGUAUAGAACGACAAUCAGCAAUGUCGGACAGCGAGGACGGGGGAAUAACGGAGGACUCGUGCGCCGCCGAGUGGAGCAUAACGAGGGAGUGGCUGGAGGGCAUACUGCAGGAGCACCACGUACGGCUGAAGGAGACCGGGGCGAGGGAGGAACCGGAGGGGAAGAAAGACGAGGAGCAGAUAAAUAACGAGUUGGCCAGACCGAGCGUCGUCGAUUACCAGGUGAGGCCGGGCUGCAGCGCCGGUGAGAGCGUGCUCAGUGACAUACUCGCCGUCAACCUCGAGUACCGACUCGCGGCCGACCACCCGGUCAGGCAGCUCAGCUUGAUCGUCAAACGGCUACCCCAGGAUCCCUACAGUCGGUUCUUCGUCACCGAGGCGCAGUUCGAUCUCAGGGAGAUCAGGUUUUACACCCAGGUGGUGCCGGAUCUCGAGGUCUUCCAGCGCCAGAACAAGCUCAAUUCGGCGAGCACGACCAAGCUGCCGAUCCCGCGUUGCAUCCACGCCCACUACAGCCCGGCCGGCGGCACCGAGGACAGUCCCGUGCCGCCCGAGUCGUUCCUCGUCCUCGAGAACUUGAGCUCCCGGGGCUUCGAGGGUGCCGAGUUCUCGCGCGGCUUGACCCUCAGGCAAGCCGAGGCCGCCCUCACGGCCGUCGCUCGCGUGCACGCCCUCUCGCUCUCCCUCAAGGUCAAGGAGGACACGUCCCUCUCGGAGCGCUACCCGUUUCUCUUCCAGACGGCCAGGGCGACCGACUCGUACCAGCAGCUCGUUGAACGGGGCUUGCCACAGUUGGCGCGCUUCUUGGAGCGCCGGCCGGGCCUGGAAGCAGUGCUCGAGGCCCUAUUGGCUCUGAGGCCGCGCACCAAGGAGGUGAUAGCCAGCCUCCUGGCGCCGGAGGGACCCAUCGCGCUCAUCACCCACACGGACUUUUGGAGCAACAACUUGCUGUUUCGCAUGGGUACGGAGAAAGACGGUAACAACAGCGGGAGCUGCGAGUGCGCGAUCCUCGAUUGGCAGAUGGUCACCUACAGCCGGCCGACUAACGACGUGGCCCUGCUCCUGGUGAGCAGUGUCCCGAGCGAGUUGCGCCGGCGUCACACCUCGAGCCUCCUCGACACCUACUGGGCCAGUUUAACCGGGACUUGUGCGGCUCUGGGACUCGACGUCACCGGCCGGCUCGGUUACAACCGGGCCGAUCUCGAUCGGGACUACCGAAGCUCGCAGCUCCUCGCGCUCUUGCUCUGCAUCGGCUCGGUCGACGUUGCCCUCGGGGACCCCAUGACAGAGCAACGGCUCAUCGACGUGCUCGAGGACCUGCACGCCGACGGAGUUCUCGCGAUCGGGGACAUUAUCAAGCCACCUGUACUGGACGAUAUCGUCUGAGCUGCCCCCCAUACCGAUACAUAUAUACACACACACAUUUAUAUGCUACAUUUACGUGCGAUGCGAAGAUCGUUUAAAUAAAUCGCGCGUUUAUCUCUCGCUUUGCGAUAGCUCUGCAGUAGCCGAAUGUUUGUUUUAUAUUUUUUAUCAACUGUCGUUUUUGGCUCUAUUUGGUGCAAUGUACGCGCGUUUCUUU